AUGGGCGUCCCCAGCAGCCACCCCUCGAGCGUGGCAGCCAUCAAGAUACUGCAGGAGAAGAACCCAAAAGUGGUCUCGUCUUUGGGCGGCGGCGAUUGGUUCAGCGGGCUGCCUGUCGACAAGUACCGGUACGUUCCUUACAACGGCGCGGCAUCGCAGGAGCAGAUCUCGUGGCUCCGCGGGGCGCUGAAGGCCGCGUGCGAAGCGGGGCGGAGCGUGCUGAUAUUCACACACGUGCCCCUCUAUCAGCCCGCGACAAACCCGAGACGGUGGCGUGGAACGCAGACGAGAUCCUGUGCGCCGUCCACGACUACAGCAGCACCGUGA